AAACAAUCUUGUAGUUUUCUCCCUUUCGGGUUUCCACGUAAAAACAGAGUGUUCGUAUCAAAUUAUAUCUGUAUUUACUAUAUCGUGUUGGAUUAAACUCAACACUGAGGCCGUUUGUGGGAAUCUGGUUCAAAAAGAUUAAUGUGUUUUGAGCUACAACAAAAAAAUGAUGCGGAGUGUAAUGAUUUCAACAAAAAAUUAGCAGACAGAAAGAGGGAUGAAGGAAUUCGGAUCUGGGAUCUGGAAUUCAAGGUUUGGGGGACCAGAAGGCCUGCCGCCUGAACGCCACCAGCCGGAGCAGAACCACUUCCAUCGCCACAUUACUGUUCACUGCUCAGACCUGGCUCCUCCGUCUGAAGCGCGACACCGUCGCUCGUCGCUGGCAGCCAGCCGUUGGUCACUCUUCCGCCUGGCCAGCCACUGCUCGGACCUCAACACGUGCCAAAUGACUUGAAGGAUUUUCCAGCUGAAAUCCUUAGUUUUUCGCCAUUAAUGGUGGCUUGGAGUUCAUCAAGGUUACAUACGAAGCUCAGCAAAUCUUCCACGGAAGCCAGACCCCUUUGGCCAACUUUGUCACUUUCCCUUUUAAUCAAUCAAUUUGUGGUUCCUGUUAUUUCUGUCUUCUUUUCACAAAUCUCUACUACACAGUUUUUACUUUAUUAUUCUACGUGUCAGUCAAACUUGACAAUCUUUUCAAGGAAGUAUUUUUUUCCUUGGUAGCCAGCGCUUCAUGUCCGGGGAGGCAAGGACAACAGACAGGACCUCAAAUAUGCAGGCCUCUCCAUGAUUGUGGGCGGUGCCAUCCACUCAUGACUCCAAGAGCUAAGUACCAACUUUUAAAUUUGGUACAUUUAAUUGCCACUGAGUAAUAGUUUAAAAUAGUAUCACUACUAUUAUUUUGUUAUCACUAUUAUUUAAUAGGGAUUAAAUAUCUCGAAAUUAAGUAAUGACCAAGCGAAGUUCUAGUGAUAAAUGACCACCGUCAUUUUAAUUAGAUGACUGGUGUUGUAGGCCCGUCGGUCCACUCUUGAUCAGCUUUAAUUAGCAAUCGGAGCGUAUCUAAAUAGCUUGUGGUAGGAUAAUAUCACCGCUAUUAUCUGUACAUCACCAUUAUUUAUUAUGGAUAAAAAAUGUCCCGAAUUAAAUAAUGCAAAGCGAAGCUCUAGUGAUGGUUAGUUCAGCCAACAUUUUAGUAAAUACUUAGUUUUUUGUUGGCUCAUUGGCCCACUCUCCAUAGGGCUCCGCCUCGAUGAUGCGUUUUAAUUUAGGGGUUACGCAUUAGUCUGCACGGCACCAAGUGCCUGAUCGACGAUCGUACCCCAAUACCAUCCGCGCCACUAAGCGCAAAGUGUUGUUGCCAAACGCGGCCUAUCGGGCCCGAGAGCACCAAAGCGCUCGAACUCGUUUUCGAGGGCAGAGCAGCAACGUGGGUCUGAGUUUUCAAACUCACAGACCGACGGUUAUUUCUAUGCGACGUUCGGCAAGUCACUAAGUGGCCUCGCCCUGGACGAUUGUAACCCCGCACGAUGAGCCGGGCCGAGGGUCACAAUAACCCAUAGGCCGGCAAUCGCGAGCGUUGAAAAAAGAAAGCCAUAUGGAUGGUUAUAAUUAUAUAUAUAUUGUCGGGCCGUGCGGCCCGUUACCGUGCUUAUCAUGCAGUUGAGGCCGCUCAAUGCGCCCGAGCAGAAGUUUAAAUGACGCUCGACAUGAGUUCCGAAGAUGUUCCAAACCGGCUAAAGAAAAGGGCCGCGAGACGUUCAUACUUCCCCAAGAGGCCGAGGGCCAAGAGGAGACCAUCGCGGGCGAGGGCCAUGAGACCAUCCUUACAUCACGACUGACCUCACGAAACGGCGUGUUUACACUUUGAAGACCGGCAUCAUCCCCACACUACGCGGAUGAGAGCCGUUGCAUGGAUACACACGACCGGCCUCUCGGCUCGGCAUGCUAUCUAUAUCUGAAGAUCGGCCUCGCCCCGCUCCUCGCGAAAGAGGAUCGUUGCUGGUUUCUUUCUGAUCGGCCCUCAGGCCGAUCCCCUCGCAUGGCCAACGACCCCCUGGUACGGUGCCAUCAGCAUAUUAAAAGACCCCUAAAAAAAAACAAAAAUUCAGAGGGGCACUGGGGAAUCCCCAAAGGGGAUAAACCUGUUCCUCAUCACAAUCGCGGCCGAGCCUAGCUCAGGAUCCAAAGUACCGGGCCAAAUGGGCAGGUAAGCGAACGGGUGAAGGAACAAAGAUUCCAUCCAGCUCAGAAAUCGGCCCCCAGCGCCGACAUCAUCAUGUGGCCAUCGACCCCCUGGUACGGUGCCAUCAUAUUCAUCAUAUUUGAAGACCGGCCUCGUCCCCGCUCCUCGCAGAUGAGGACCGUUGAUUAUUUCAGAUCGGCCCCAGUGCCGACAUCAUUUCGUGGCCACAGACCCCCUGGUACGGUGCCAUCAUCAUAUUUGAAGACCGGCCUCGUCCCCGCUCCUCGCGGAUGAGGACCAAUGAUUAUUUAAGAUCGGCCCCAACACCGACAUCAUUUCAUGGCCACUGAGCCCCUGGUACGGUGCCAUCAUCAUAUUUGAAGACCGGCCUCGUCCCCGCUCCUCGCUGAUGAGUACCGUUGAUUAUUUCAGUUCGGCCCCUAGUGCCGACAUCAUUUAAUAGCCACCGACCCCCUGGUACGGUGCCAUCAUCAUAUUUGAAGAGCUGCCUCGUCCCCGCUCCUUGCGGAUGAGGACCGUUGAUUAUUUCAGAUCGGCCUCUAGUGCCGACAUCAUUUCGUGGCCACCGACCCCCUGGUACGGUGCCAUCAUCAUAUUUGAAGACCGGCCUCGUUUCCGCUCCUCGCGGAUGAGGACCGUUGAUUAUUUCAGAUCGCCCCCCAGCGCCGACAUCAUAUCAUGGCCACUGACCCCCUGGUACGGUGCCAUCAUUAUAUUUGAAGAUCGACCUCAUCCCCGCUCCUCACGGAUGAGGACCGUUGAUUAUUUAAGAUCGUCCCCCAGUUCCAACAUCAUUUCAUGGCCACCGACCCCCUGGUACGUUGCCAUCAUCAUAUUUGAAGACCGGCCUCGUCCCCGCUCCUUGUGGAUGAGGACAGUUGAUUAUUUCAGAUCGGCCCCCAGCGCCGACAUCAUUUCAUGGCCACCGACCCGCUGGUACGGUACCAUCAUCAUAUUUGAAGACCGGCCUCAUCCCCGCUCCUCGCGGAUGAGGACCGUUGAUUAUUUCAGAUUGGCUCCCAGCGCCGACAUCAUUACAUGGCCACCGACCCCCUGGUAUGGUGCCAUCAUCAUAUUUGAAGACCGGCCUCGUCCCCGCUCCUCGCGGAUGAGGACCAUUGUUUGAUUAUUCCAGAUCGACUCCCAGCGCCGACAUCAUUACAUGGCCACCGACCCCCUGGUACGGUGCCAUCAUCACAUCUGAAGAUCGGCCUCGUCCUCGCUCCUCGCGGAUGAGGACCGUUGAUUAUUUAAGAUCGGCCCCCAGUGCCGACUUCAUUUCAUGGCCACCGACCCCCUGGUACGGUGCCAUCAUUAUAUUUGAAGACCGGCCUCGUCCCCGCUCCUCGCGGAUGAGGACCAUUGAUUAUUUCAGAUCGCCCCCCAGUGCCGACAUCAUUUCAUGGCCACCGACCCCCUGGUAUGGUGCCAUUAUCUUAUUUGAAGACCGGCCUCCUCCCCGCUCCUCGUGGAUGAGGACCGUUGAUUAUUUUUGAUCGGCCCCUAGUGCCGACAUCAUUUCGUGGCCACCGACCCCCUGAUACGAUGCCAUCAUCAUAUUUGAAGAGCGGCCUCGUCCCCGCUCCUCACGGAUGAGGACCGUUGAUUAUUUCAGAUCGGACCCCAGCGCUGACAUUAUUUCAUGGCCACCGACCCCCUGGUACGGGGCCGUCAUCAUAUUUGAAGAUCGGCCUCGUCCCCGCUCCUCGCGGAUGAGGACCGUUGAUUAUUUCAGAUCGGCCCCCAGUGCCCACAUCAUUUCAUGGCCACCGACCCCCUGGUACGGUGCCAUCAUCAUAUUUGAAGACCGGCCUCGUCCCCGCUCCUCGUGGAUGAGGACCGUUGAUUAUUUCAGAUCUGCCCCCAGCGCCGACAUCAUUUCAUGGCCACCGACCCCCUGGUACGGUGCCAUCAUCAUAUUUGAAGACUGGCCUCGUCCCCGUUCCUUGCGGAUGAGGACCGUUGAUUAUUUCAGAUCGGCUCACAGCGCCGACAUCAUUAUAUGGCCACCGACCCCCUGGUACGGUGCCAUCAUCAUAUUUGAAGAUCGACCUCGUCCCCGCUCCUCGCGGAUGAGGACCGUUGUUUGAUUAUUCCAGACCGGCUCCCAGCGCCGAUAUCAUUACAUGGCCACCGACCCCCUAUACGGUGCCAUCAUCAUAUCUGAAGACCAGCCUCGUCCCCGCUCCUCGCGGAUGAGGACCGUUGAUUAUUUCAGAUCAGCCCCCAGUGCCGACAUCAUUUCAUGGCCACCGACCCCCUGGUACGGUGCCAUCAUCAUAUUUGAAGACCGGCCUCGUCCGCGCUCCUCGCGGAUGAGGACCGUUGAUUAUUUCAGAUCAGCCCCAGUGCGGACAUCGUUUCAUGGCCACCGACCCCCUGGUACAGUGCCAUUAUCAUAGUUGAACACUGGUCUCGUCCCCGCUUCUUGCGGAUGAGGACCGUUGAUUGAUUAUUUGAGAUCGGCCCUGAGUGCCGACAUCGUUUCAUGGCCACCGACCCCCUAGUACGGUGCCAUUAUCAUAGUUGAAGACCGGCCUCGUCCCCGCUCCUUGCGGAUGAGGGCCGUUGAUUGAUUAUUUUAGGUCGACCCCAGUGCCGACAUCUUCACAUGGCCACCGACCUCCGGGUACGAUGCCAUCACCAUAUUCAAAGACCCCUCAAAAAAAGGAAAGAAAAUAUAAAUACAAAUUCAGAGGGGCACUGGGGAAUCCCCAAAGGGGAUUAACCCGUUCUUCAUCACAAUCGCGGCCGAGCCCAGCUCAGGAUCCAAAGGACCGGGCCAAAUGGGCAGGUAAGCGAACGGAUGAAGGAAAGAAGAAACGGGGAAUCUCCAAAGGAGAUAAACCCGUUCCGCAUCACAAUCGUGGCCGAGCCCAGCCCAGAAUCCAAAGGACCGGGCCAAAUGGGCAGGUAAGACGAGCGGAUGAUGGAUCAAAGUUAAGACUCCUCAAAAAAAAAUUAGGGGAGCAACGGGGAAUCUCCAAAGGAGAUAAACCCGUUCCGCAUCACAAUCGCGGUCGAGCCCAGGAUCCAAAGGACCGGGCCAAAUGGGCAGGUAAGACGAGCGGAUGACGGAACGAAGUUAAAGACCUCUCAAAAAAAUAAAAAAAAAUCAGAGGGGCACUAGGGAAUCCCCAAAGGGGAUAAACCCGUUCCUCAUCACAAUCGCGGCCGAGCCCAGCUCAGGAUCCAAAGGACCGGCCAAAUGGGCAGGUAAGCGAACGGAUGAAGGAACGAAGAAAUGGGGAAUCUCAAAAGGAGAUAAACCCGUUCUGCAUCACAAUCACGGCCGAGCCCAGCCCAGGAUCCAAAUGACCGGGCCAAAUGGGCAGGUAAGACGAGCGAAUGAUGGAACGAAGAAACGGGGAAUCUCCAAAGGAGAUAAACCCGUUCCGCAUCACAAUCGCGGCCGAGCCCAGCCCAGGAUCCAAAGGACCGGGCCAAAUGGGCAGAUAAGAUGAGCGGAUGACGGAACGAAGUUAAAGACCUCUCAAAAAAAAAACUCAGAGGGGCACUGGGGAAUCCCCAAAGGGAUAAACUCGUUUCCCAUCACAAUCGCGGCUGAGCCCAGCUCAGGAUCCAAAAGGACCGAGCCAAAUGGGCAAGUAAGACGAGCGGAUGGUGAAACGAAAAAACAAAAGAAUUCCCAAAGGGAUCAAAACCGUUCCACGCAAAGUACGAGGACUUAGCUCAGCCCAGGAUCCAAGGACCGGGCUAAAGGGCAAAUACGCAGAGCAGAUGAGGACCACUCCAGAGGCCGAGGGCCUGGAGACGAGCAUUUCCACUCUAGAGGCCGAGGGCCUGGAGACGAGCAUUUCCAUUCCAGAGGACCCAAGGGCCUGGAGACGAGCAUUUCCAUUCUGGAGGACCCGAGGGCCUGGAGACGAGCAUUUCCACUCCAGAGGUCGAGGGCCUGGAGACGAGCAUUUCCAUUCCAGAGGACCCGAGGGCCUGGAGACGAGCAUUUCCACUCCAGAGGCCGAGGGCCUCGAGACGAGCAUUUCCAUUCCAGAGGACCCGAGGGCCUGGAGACGAGCAUUUCCACUCCAGAGGCCGAGGGCCUGGAGACGAGCAUCCCCACCCUUGAAGACCCAAAGAGAGAGAGAGAAUGAGCUAGGUACAACGAGCAGAUGAGGACGACCAUCUUUUGCAGCACAAUCGGCCCCUCAGCGUCGACGUGUCUAGCUCACGGUUCGGCUCGCCCAUCCCCUCCAGGAUGGCGAUGACCGUCUUAUGCAGCACGAUCGGCCCCUCAGCGUCGACGUGUCUAGCUCACGGUUCGGCUCACCCAUCCCCUCCAGGAUGGCGAUGACCAUCUUAUGCAGUAGGAUCGGCCCCUCAGCGCCAUCGAAUCCAGUUCACGGUCGGCUCACCCAUUCCUUCCACGAUGGGGACCACCGUCUUAAGCAGUACGAUCGGCCCCUCAGCGCCAUCAUAUCCAGUUCACGGUUGGCUAACCCAUUCCUUCCAGGAUGGGGACCACCAUCUUAUGCAACACGAUCAGCUCCUCAGCGCCAUCGUGUCCAGUUCACGGUCGGCUCACCUAUUCCUUCCAGGAUGGUGACCACCAUCUUAUGCAGCACGAUCGGCUCCUCAGCGCCAUCGUGUCCUGUUCACGGUCGGCUCACCCAUUCCUUCCACGAUGGGGACCACCGUCUUAAGCAGUACGAUCGACCCCUCAACGCCAUUGUAUCCAGUUCACGGUUGGCUCACCUAUUCCUUGCAGGAUGCGGACCACCGUUUAUGCAGCACGAUCGGCUCCUCAGCGCCAUCGUGUCCAGUUCACGAUCGGUUCACCCAUUCCUUCCAGGAUGGUGACCACCGUCUUUUGCAGCACGAUCGGCUCCUCAGCGCUAUCGUGUCCAGUUCACGGUCGGCUUACCCAUUCCUUCCAGGAUGGGGACCACCGUCUUAUGCAAUACGAUCGGCCCCUAAGCGUCGUCGUACCCAUUCAUGGUCGGGCUCGUCCAUACCUUCCUGGGUGACGACCACCAUCUUAUGCAGCACGAUCGGCCCCUCAGCGCCAUUGUGUCUAGUUCAUGUUUAGCUCAUCGAUACCAUCCAGGGGGAUGACGAACGUCUUAUGCAGCACGAACGGCCCCUCCACGCCAUUCGUAGGGGUGAGCAUCGGGCAGGUUCGGGUCGGGCGGGUGGGUGAACCCAAUACCCUUUCGGGUUUCGGAUGUGUAAUAUGGAUAUCCUACCCUAUGUUUUUUGACUUAGAUAUUUUCGGGUUUUUUUUUUGUAUUUCGGGUAGGGCGGGUUCGGAUCGGGUAUCGGGUUUAGUCGGUUUCAAGUUUCAACUAAAAUAAUUUGAAAUUGCAAAAUAAUUUGUAAUUUCAACACUUGUAAAUCUAAAAUAUUACAAUUGCAAAACAUAAUUUGAUUCCCAUACAUAAUGUGAAUAUUACAAAGUAAAGAGUAGGAGGGGUCAAAAUUGUAACAAAGAGUUUUAGCAUAUUACAAAAUACAGAUUACUGAAUUACACAAUUCAUUAAUCAUUAACAUUCAAAGUUCCAACUAGUCAAGUACGCAAAAAUGCAAAAAUGCUUGAAGACUUUGAUGUUCCACAACUAUCUUUCACAUUCGUGUCCGGUUCUUGUUCGACGUAAGACCACACCAUGGCAAAGUAAGACCAUAUCUCGGCAAAGUAAGACCAUACCGUGGCAACGAACGUCUUAUGCAGCACGCUUGGCCCCUCAGCACCGUCGUGCCCGGUUUACCGAUGACAUUCACCGCUUUGUAUCACAUCUUACAUGCCCUCUCUCAUACAUGGCACUCAUACAUCACAUGCAUUCAUACAUUCAUGCCUCAUCUCCCAUACAUCCAUACAUACAUGUACAUCAUAUCGAGCCAGCUCCGCGUCGUCAGCUUAUAUUGUGCAGGGACCUCUAAGCUUCUCCAUUCGAAAGCUCGAGUCAAAGUCCUCUACUCCCGCCUGAUACAUUCAGGGGGAGAGUGUCCGGGGAAGAGCAUCCCUUGCCCGACCCCGUCGGGAGGGGAGUGCCUUACCGGCAUGUUAUAUUCGGGGGGGGGGGGGGGGGGGGGGGGUCAGACACCCACUCAUAUAUUAUGAUUACUCGAAGACACAAUUCCAGCAAGACAGAUGAAGAGCACAUGCAAGAGUAUAUUUUCUCGAGCAGAUUCGCACGCUCACUAUUCAAGAAACUGGGAGACUUGUGUUGGGAUAUAUCAUCCUGGUCUAUUACUGUUCAGGGGUCCAAGACUUUACGUAGUACGGAACCCUAUCAGUAAGGCCCAUUUUAGAUUGUCAGGCCUAUUUCGACCUCUGGGCCCAUUUCUGCCCAUUCGACCCGCCUAGGCCCAAGAGGCCGUUUAGGCCCACUCGGCCCGUUAGGGUGGAGAGCUCCCCUUCCCCCUUUCAUCUAUAAAUAGGUGGACUUCCCUCCUAAUAACGGAUCCCUCUUUUGAUCCUCUCUUUCUUCCCCGUUCUCCCUAGCUAGCUUUAUACUCCAUCAAUGGAGCUUCAAUAUUGUAUUAUGUAAUGGUGAGGAGAGUAUUAAUAAAAGGAGAGGGCUUGAAGAUUAGCCUAAACAGUCCUGUGGUUUUCUCCCUUUCGGGUUUCCACGUAAAAACAGAGUGUUCGUAUCAAAUUAUAUAUAUAUUUAUUAUAUCGUGUAGGAUUAAACUCAACACUAUCAUAUGUUGAACAUCUUUUUCAUUUAGAAUGCCAUUUAGAGUUUGUUUAGUAACACAUAAAAUGGAUGAAUCUAUUGAAAUUGGAGAAAUUCUUGUUGAAAUCGCUGAAGUGGCUGAAUAUACAUUUGUCUGAAAAAGUAGCUAAAAUUUUCGUUUAUAAUAACUUCAUUCAAUUCUGGCAAAAAAAUUAACUUCAACUUUUGUUAUUUUGAUCAUUACACAAUUAAGCUCUCGAUUUCAAAUUUAACUGAUAAGAUUGAUAAAUUCAAAAAUAGGGUCACCAAACAACACAUAAUUUUAAAUGAAAAAUGAGCAUAUAAGCAUUUUUGUUUGUAUUAUAUAAGGGCUGGUUUUUUUUAUUAUAGUCACUAAAUGUCAGUAAAUCAUAUUUUUAUCCAUUAUCCCUUUUUAUUGAAAAUCUAUUUUUAUUCAAACUGUUAUAACCUUUUCAGUUAAACUCUAACUUUAACAAAAUAUAUUGAAAUUCAUAAUUCUUGUGACGUUUCUUAUGACAGUAAUAUUGCAUUUUUUUGAAAAUAUUUAUCAAACAACUUCCUAUUUUUCAACAACGAUAUCAAUCAUCUCUUAUUAAGUAAAAAAUUAAUCUAUAGCUAUGAUAUAAUCUCAAUUGUUAGACUUAUCUUAUACCUAAAGGCACUAUAUUGUUGGUGCAGGAAUUUGACAACAUGGAAAGCUUGACCGGUGCAAUUAAUGACGUAUUUAUUAGAAUUAAUGCUAGAUGAUUAGUUCUAGCGGUUUCAUGUAUAUUAUGAGAGUUAUUGUUGUAAUUAUGGCGUAGGUUACUGAAAUGGCUGACCAGAAUUUAUGACGACGUAAUGACGAUUGCGCUCUCAAGUGCAAUCGGUGGCGCUCAUAGCUUCCAACUCAAGAUUUAGCCGAAGAGGUGACGCCAUGACAGCAGCAACAAGGCUGGAAUUUGACCCCAUUCUAGUCUCGACCGAACCUUUUAUCCAUCAUUCAGGAGCCGGCACAUCUGGAGAUCCGGGGUCCUCAAACCGAUUUGUUCCUCUCCAGAAUCCCAGCAGUAACAUGUUUCACAGUCUAUUUCCGGAACCUCAGAGACGACGAGUUCCAGACCAUGUCGACAUCCGUCUACAUGUCGACAACAACAACUAGAGACAACAAGAGCCUGAAGUCAUCGUCAUACCCUCACCAACCAGGCAUGAUGUGACCCGAGUGAAGACGCCACCAAUCUCGACGACAAGACAGAUGUAAGCAUAUCCGACAGACCCCUUAUCCGUCAUCAUGGAAGAGCUGAGGGAAAUGCGAGAGAAGAUCAAUGGUAUACCCGGAGUGCCACCUCCAUUGGACGUCGCUUCACAGACAUGCUACGCAGAUUCCCCUUUCGGACGACACAUCACAGACGUUGAGAUUCCAAGGAAGUUUGCUGCCUCCUCGAUGAGAUUAUUCGAUGGAACUACCGACCCCCUGGAACACGUCGCUCAAUACAAGCAGCAGAUGCUUGCCACCUCGGUCAGACCAGAGCAGCGGGAGGCUUGUAUGUGCAGGGCAUUUGGGACAACAUUGACAUGGCCAGUGCUAACGUGGUUCGUCAAUCUGCCGAAUGAAGGCGUCAGCUCAUUUGCGGAGUUAGUCAACCUCUUCAACCAGCAAUUUGCAAGCAGUCGUGUUCUGGAGAAGCAGACCAGCGAUAUCUACCGUGUGGUCCAGAAACGCAACGAAUCCUUAAGGGAUUACCUCCAUCGCUUCAACAAAGAGAAGGUGCCAAUCCCCCGUUGUGACAUACCAACUGUCAUCGAGGCAUUCAGAAGAGGUUUGUAUGAAGAUUCAGAGCUGUACCACGAACGGACGAAAUACCCUUGUCGGUCCUUCAAAGAUGUCCAAACAUAGACGUUAGCUUUCAUCCGUCUAGAAGAAGACUUAUGAUCCCGUCAAAGACAAAUUGAGCAUGAACAGGGGCAUGGGAAAUCAGAAUCUCCCGGGAGGCAUGAUUGCAAGCAUGGAAACCCAUAUUCGAGACCUGAGAAACAAGUCGUCACGAGAUAGACCAGACAACAUGAUCGGAGUCGUCAGACGGGGGGCAUGUCGUCCGAUUCUAGACGGGUUCUGAAAAGCUGCAAUACGGUACCCUUAAAAGUUGUUUCAUUUUUAGUUUAUUAUUUUCUUUUAUAGUUGUCAUUCCUAUGACGAGAUAGAUCAGACGACAUGAUCAAAAUCGUCGGACGAGGGGCAUGUCAUCCAAAGACAGACAGGUUCUGAAGAGCUGCAAUACGGUACCCUUAAAGUUGUUUCAUUUUUAGUUUGGUAUUUUCUUUUACAUAUUGUUGUCACUCCUGUGAUGGGAUAAACCAAACGACGUGAUUGAAAUCGUUUGAGACGGGGGCAUGUCGUCCGAUGAUUGAAAUCGUCUGACUUCAGACAAGUCUUGAUGAUAAGUAUUUGUCUAGUUUUGUAUACAUACUUUUAAUUUAUUACUUUUGUUUACAUAUAAAUAUUCACUAACUUAAGCAUCGGAGGGCCGUUGGCCAAAAGCCAACGGCCAGACUCUGACAACAUGACUUCAUGCAAGAUAAUGACGCAACAAGCACAUUGACGAAUGUUACUAUGCAUUCUUAACGUGCCAACAGAAGGCACCUAUACAUAACUUUUGACAACAUAAAAGGGGGUAGUAAGGUUAGUAUGGGCCAUUCAUAUAAAAAGUAUGAAAGACAAGCCCAUGCGCCUUACACGUUUUGGCCAAAACUAUAGAAAUACACAACAGAAGCAUGUGCUCCAAAAGCAUGACAACAGAAGCUCCAAAACAUAAGGAGACAAUACAGACGAGAUUGACACAAAUCACAAAAACUCAUGUCGACAAUAUUGCUAAAAACACAAAUGAAACAUUAUUCAUAGUUUUCGCAGGAUGUGGACCACGUUCACGCAACCCAACUCGUCUUCUUCAACAACAAAUGAUGUUCCCUUUUCUAGUUUAAGUGUCGACAUUUACAGGAAAGACGUUGCGAACUUCUGCCACCUAGUCGUCAGCACAAUUUCGGAGGGGGAGAAGACAAAGUGCCAGCCUUCAGUCUUCGUUGUUUUAGUCAAUGAGACGGAUUCCAUAGGAAGUCACUCGAAAGAAAGAUGGCAACCUUUCGUUAGACGAGUUGAUCGAUACGUCACAUGAAGUCAGUGAUGGGCCAAUAGAUGUAAUGAACCAAGAUGUGAAGUGUACUUUUGAAUUUUCGACAAGUUGAUGUUAAUAGGUCGACAAGUCCAUGACACGCCUCAACUUCUCAAAAAGGGACAAUUGUUGGUGCAGCAAUUUGACAACAUGGAAAGCUUGACCGGGGCAAUUAAUGACGUAUUUAUUAGAAUUAAUGCUAGAUGAUUAGUUCUAGCGGUUUCAUGUAUAUUAUGAGAGUUAUUGUUGUAAUUAUGGCGUAGGUUACUCAAAUGGCUGACCAGAAUUUAUGACGACGUAAUGACGAUUUUGAUGUCGUUGUUACGGUCGAAACCGUCAACAACGGAUAAAAAGGCAUUAAAUAUCUCUCUUAUAAAUAGACCCAAGCUCUAUGUAAUCAGAGGGACCUUCAUUCGAAUUACACAUCAAUAUACCUUCUAUUUUGCUUACUUGACACCCUUCUUGUUGUUCUUGUCAUUUUCCUUACCGUUCUUGUACGAAAC